AUGGUUUUUCCCGGAGGAAGGACUUUGACUCAACUCCCUACCGCACAUACGAGGGGACGACGGUCGGCUAUCGACGAUGGUGACCCCGCUAUUAGCAAUGAUCCUCCUUCGGGUCUUGACGAUCCCGACCCAUUUCCCUCUCCUCUCGUACUUCCGGUCGACGGCGACCACGUUCCGCCAAAAAACUAUAAGGAACGGUAUGCCCGAAAGAAGCUCAAUCAGUGGGCGCGGUGGAAGAAUGUCACAGUCCCCGAGUUGAUCAACUUGUGUAUGGAUUAUCUCGCCGCAACCGCGAACCUGAGACUCGACACACCAUUGCCUCUCGUCUGCACCUGCAGAGGUGCAAGUAAAGAUAUGCAGAUUACCGCCGUAUAUACAGAUCACCUCGAAUACCUAAAUCUCACGACAUGCUCAUGCAUUUCCGCUGCUCAGCGGCUGAUGAGUAUUGGAUUGUUUCCGAGUGCACCCCAGGUGCCAUCCCUUGCUUUCGAUCUCAAUAUGCUUGAACUGGUAUCGACACUGUUCCUGCAUACGGCGCCAAACGUGACAGCAUGGGCCACCACGCUGGAAACGUUCCUUGGCAUCAGGGCCUACAAAUUGACGACACGGGACUCCAUUCGACGACGAUUUGGCAAUGCCCUACGUUGGUAUAAUUAUCUCGUGGAUUGCGUGAGCAAGAAGAUCGACCAAACACUAGAAGUAUCUCGGCAGGAAGCGCUGAAACAGCGCGAAGACGAGCAUACCGCGGACCUUCCCCAUAUCAGCUUUGAGGACAAGUGUCCCUCAAAAGAAACGGCCUCUGGCCCUAUUAACUCAAAUGGCAGUCAUGUCGACGAGAGCACGCGUCCCAGCUCGUAUCUUCGAUCCAGGUGCAUUUUGUGCUUUGCGGGGAGAGAUGGACACGACUCAUCAAUGCCCGUCGAUGUGGUUGUCUGCCUUGACGCGUGCUUCUCACAAAAGAGAUGGAUUCCCUCCACCCGACGAGCCGAACGGGGGGAAAGGCGAGAUCCGGUCAAGAUGCAUCCUUCGUCAGUGUUUCUCUCGGAAGAGGAAGUGCAGACAUCCAGCAAGUCUACCAGUUUGACGUCAUCUCCGAGCAAGCGAAAAAACCGAGAAUUUGCGGAGCCGGAAUCCGCUAUCGACGAGUGUGAAGGCCCCCUACGGGUACCAAAUUCUGUGCUCGAUGGGUGCGAGUCAUCGUUCAAAGCCGCCGACGAGGAGCGGGAGAAGGCAAGCACUCAAUUCUUCGACGACACCGGUUUGAUGGCGUUAAUGUGCCGUCAUGAUCGCGUACUGUGGCUGGCCAACAUGUCGACCCCCGGAGAACGCCAACAUUACCCGCUCGCACUUCUUAAGAAGCUAUUUCAAAACCUGCCCGUAACGUGGACUGUGGGCGUCCUUUACGACAUCGGUUGUCAGCUCCACAGAAGCUGCUACAAGUGGGGUUUUCUGCCCGAGUAUCGCGAGCGUAUCCGUUUUGGAAUCUCCGUCUUCCACGCAUACGGUCAUCAGUGGCCCUGUCAAGUUAUCUAUCAUCCCCGCAAAUGCGUCGGUUUUGGCUUCACGGACGGCGAAAGUUGUGAACGCUUCUGGAGCUUGAUCGCCCACCUCGUCGCCGUACUCAGAGUCUGUGGUUAUCAUCAACGGCUCUAUAUUCUCGAUUCCCAAAUCCAUCAUUUAGACUCAGUGCACCGUCUAUCGCUCGCGGAUUGGCUUGCGAAGAAAUUCACUACUUGCCAAGAGCGACUGGCGGCAGCUCAAGAGGAGCUCACGCGGUGUAACGUCGGCAUCGAGGCACUACGGUGCGAAUGGGAUGCGCAGCAAGCAUCUCAGACAAAACCCUUAGAACGUACGUCAAUGAAUGCAGCUGACAAAGAUAUUGAUCACAUCCUCAAUCUCGAGCAGAUCAUCCGAAUCCUCGAAAAGCAAAUGAAGCAGCUUGAGACGUCCAUAUUGGCUGGAGAGUCCACUGACGAGACACGUAUGCAACUCACUGAAGUCGAAGAUCGUCUUGCACGAACACAAUUGAGUGCGAAGAAGUAUCGGGCCAAACUGGAUAUUCAAACUCGUUCAAAAGUAGACCGUCUACGCGGGAACCAAUAUCUCAACAAUCGCGUGAAUGCCUUGGCUCUGAAGACUCGGAUCCGCGAUCGAUUGCGUCAGCGCAAAUUCGAGUUUUCGCGAGUCGACCGCGUAUCUCGCACUCAUGCAUCUCAGUCCUCUCGCAAGUAUUCCCUUAUGAGAACUCUAGGCGCACAUGCAACGAACGCGAUACAACAACGGGAACCCGGCAUACAAGCACUGGCGCGGCGUUAUAACACGCUUUGUAUAGAGAUGUCUGAUCUCAUCAAACGAGGAGCUGCACCGCCAGGCGCCCAGGCUCCAACUCCCAUCGACGUCAAGAGUCUCUGGAACCUUGAUGUUGACGAUCCCAUAUGGCAUGACACCGGAUUGAUGGACGAAGACCUCGGUGAGGAAGCAUACCCGCGAUGGUUCGCAGAUGAUGCGGUGCGCAAAGGGAUACGAGCUAUGCUUGAGAUUGACCGAUGCAAUGAAGAGCUCGCACGCUUGAGGAAGGAGAGAACGACGCUGCAGGAAUGGCUUCAGGAUGAAUGGGCUGCAACUGCAGACGCGAUCGCACGCCACGCAAGGGAGCCAGGGCUUCGCAACCAGCUUCAACUACGUCAAGACAAACUCCUCCGGCUUGCCGUUACCUGGCGGCGCCGCGUAGGGGAUUUCAAGGGGGUUCGCGACUGGGAUUCUUCCUGGGGACCC